CAGGCAAUUCCAACGAAAUGAGGGGAAUAUUAUAGUUUUCAAUCGGAGGCAUUAGCGAUUGGGGAGUUGUAGGGACAUCGGAAUUGGAGGGAACCAGGUUAUUAGUGAAUGAAAGGAAAAAAAAAUGAAAAGGAGAAAGUUAGAGGCUGUUCGAGAAGUUAUGAGCUACAUGCAGGGAGGGAGGCUGAUGGAGGCUGGGUAUUACGGUGGAGGAUGAAGGACAGAGCAGGAGAGGAGGAUGCAGAUAUAUCAGGAGAGGGAACUAUGCAUGGAUCAGGGGGGAUGAGCUGUUGGAGGGAGCAUAUUGGAGAGGAGGCUGUAAAGGAGAGGCAAUUACAGUGGAGGAUGAAGGAGAAGAGGCUGCAGAUCAUUAGUAGAGGGGACUAUGAAGGAUGGAUCAGAGGAGAUGGGCUGCUGGAAGGAGUAUAUGUAAGGAGGGCAUUGGAGAGGAGGGAUACAGCAAGGAGAGGGGAGGCUGCAGGAAUAUCUGCUCAUCACGUGUGCCCGGGGGCGGGUCCUGGCACCAACUUUUUUACGAGUAUUUACUACGAUCCCCCUAUUAGCUCAGAUACCCGGCUGUCAGCCUGCUCAUGCCAUGCCCCAAUAACCCGCUGCCCUGCCCCGGAGCCGUGCCCAGGACCCCAGCCCAGCAUGGCAGACCCUCUUGCGGACCUGAUUUCAACGGCUGCUGCCCGGGGGGACCUGGAGCAGCUACAGGACCUGCUGCGGAGGGCGCCGAAUGUGGAUACCCCCAAUAGAUUCGGCAGGACAGCCUUGCAGGUGAUGCGGCUGGGGUGUCCGGCUAUUGCCAGCCUCCUGCUCAGACAAGGUGCUGACCCCAACCUGAAGGACAGCACCGGGUUCUCUGUCCUCCAUGACACCGCCAGGGCCGGCUUCCGGGACACUAUGCAGAUCCUACUGGACUUCCAGGCUGAUGUCAACCUGCAGGAUAAUGAUGGAAACAUAGCCCUCCACCUGGCAGCCAAGGAGGGCCACCUGCACAUGGUGCAGUUUCUGGUCCUGCACACAGACAGCCAGGUGGGCCACAGGAACAGGAACGGAGACACCCCGUGUGACCUGGCCAGGAUGUACAGCAGAGCGCAGGUGGUGCAGUGGCUGCAGGGCAAUGCCAAGGGUCAGCCAGCAGACGGGGAGUUGUGCCAGCAGUAAGGGGCGCUUCCCCUGAGUGCCCCCUCUCCAGCAGGACUGCACAGACAUUAUUCAUCAUUGAGACAGAGCAGAGCAAGUUUGGCGUGGCUAGAGUUAUUGUAUACUUCUUGCUUUUAUGUGUUAUUAGUUGCUCCACUUGAGGACUUAUUCCAGAGACUCUGUUUCUGCCAAAAUAUUACUGUGAUUUUUCUUUAUUAUUAUUAUUUUUUUUUUUGGGAC